AUGGAGUCCUCCAUCGCCCCAGCCAUCGUGGAACUCCUCCUUCCCAAUUCGCCUCCAAGCCGGCCUGUGAUGUUAUCACUUCCAAGAGAUCAGCGGAACUUCCUCACUAGGCACUUCGGACGACAUCUGCACUGCGAUGUCACCGCAGGUUUCCCCGGUAUCAACAGGGCGUUCCACAAGGAGCUCUCGAAAAGAUAUCCGCCCUGCGAUGUCACUGCAGCCAUGAUAUCACCAGAGCUCCCGCCGCCUUCCUCAAAAGGCACUUGA